GGAAUGCGUGUUUAAUCCAUAUCCAUCCGUUCACUGUGAGGGUGUCUCUAGACCCCCGAGGCCUCAGUACUUUUCCUGCUAUCGCGUAGCCCCCCCAGGAGAGAGGCCCCGAUGCGCCCGAUGUGUUUUACUCCCUUAUCCCAAGGAUGCCGUACAGGGGAAGGGCGGUGGGCACUGGUGUAUGGGAAGUCGGAAUAGGGAGAGUACGGAUCCUCUAAGCGGUGGUUUUUUGUAGUCUGUUUCUCCUUGUAACCACCGCAGAACAUUUAGACUCUGCUUGUCCACUGGCAGGUUGAUUUAGACCCGCCAAAAUGAAGUUCAAUCCUUUUGUGACUUCUGACCGGAGCAAGAACCGUAAGAGGCAUUUCAAUGCACCUUCCCACAUUCGUAGGAAGAUUAUGUCUUCCCCUCUUUCCAAAGAGCUGAGACAGAAGUACAAUGUGCGAUCCAUGCCCAUCCGGAAGGACGAUGAGGUUCAGGUUGUGAGGGGACACUACAAAGGUCAGCAAAUUGGCAAAGUAGUCCAGGUUUACAGGAAGAAAUAUGUUAUCUACAUUGAACGAGUCCAGCGGGAGAAGGCAAAUGGCACAACUGUCCAUGUGGGCAUUCACCCCAGUAAGGUGGUUAUCACCAGGCUAAAACUGGACAAAGAUCGCAAAAAGAUCCUUGAACGCAAAGCCAAGUCUCGCCAAGUAGGAAAGGAGAAGGGCAAAUAUAAGGAAGAAACGCUUGAGAAGAUGCAGGAAUAAAGUUAUAUACAACUUGAUUAAAAACUGUAAAAUGAAGACUGCA